AUGUCACUGUCACUGCAACCUGGAGGUGACCUUCUAUGCAAACAAAACCUUUUUGGUCUAGACUCAGUAAAAGACAACUCUAGUAUACUUUCUAGUUACUAUCCUACAAUUCUUGCCCAUUCUGAGUACUCGGACAUAUGCAAGGAAUCCCAGGAUGCCUUCCAGCCUAUCAAAACUUUGGGACAGUUGGUCUUUGAUUCACCAUCGGUAUUACCAUUCAACUUGAAUAGAAUUCCUUCAUUCUGGAAUCCCAGAUCCACCUUACAGGAACAGGUCUGCAGCCCACCGUAUGCUGUGCCUGUUUACAAUGCCCUCCGGCAUCCAGCUCCGCUACCAAGCUAUCUGAAGGAGGAGGAUGGUAAUCAGUGCAAGCGUUCUCAUCAGGUAACACCCUCAUCAGCAGAAUCCAACAGUGCUGAAAAUGCAAGAUAUCAAACCGAUUCUCCUCUGAACCUUAACAGAAGUCCAGCAAUUAAGACCCAACGCAGCUACCAGUUCACAUUAGAAGAUCUGCAUAUGGUUUUGUAUGGCUACUGUAAAGGAAGCCAAGACCAUCCUCUACACCAUGCCAUUUCAGGACUGAGGACACAGUAUUCUCCAAGAAAAACAGGUGCUGAAACUCCAACACAGCUGAUGGAUGCCAACUCUCUACGACUGCCAGAAGGUUUGUCUGUGCUGCAAACAGCAUAUGGAGGACUGAUUCACUAUGGAGUGUUCUGCACAAAAAACGUUAUCCCCAAAGGGGUCAGGUUUGGGCCCUUUUCAGGCAAAGUGGUUAAUACCAGUGAAAUUAAGACAUAUGAUGACAACGCACUCAUGUGGGAGAUUUUCGAAGAUGGUGGUUUAAGUCACUUUAUUGAUGGAAGGGGAGCAGCAGGGAACUGGAUGGCUUUGGUGAACUGUGCACGCUUUCCAGAAGAGCAGAACCUAAUAGCACUACAGAGCCAAGGACAGAUUUACUAUGAGAGCUGCAAGGAGAUUGAGCCACGGCAGGAGUUACUGGUGUGGUAUGGAGACUGUUACUUACAGUUUCUGGGGAUCCCUAUUACCCUAAAGAGCAGGACUGAAGACAAAAGGUGCCGGCAACAACCAGCUGAUGGUGAGUAUUCUGGAGAAGGAUUCAAAUGUGAGAGAUGUGGGAAGGUGUUUGCUUAUAAAUAUUACAGAGAUAAGCACCUGAAAUAUACUCGCUGCGUAGAUCAAGGAGAUCGGAAGUUUCCAUGUCACCUCUGCAGCAGGUCUUUUGAGAAGAGGGAUCGACUGAGGAUUCAUAUUCUUCAUGUUCAUGAAAAGCACCGACCUCACAAGUGCUCACUCUGUGGAAAGAGCUUCUCUCAGUCUUCCAGUCUGAAUAAACACAUGCGAGUGCACUCAGGAGAGAGGCCUUACAAAUGCGUUUACUGUAAUAAGGCAUUUACAGCUUCCAGUAUUCUACGGACUCACAUACGACAACACUCAGGAGAAAAGCCCUUCAAAUGUAAACAUUGUGGAAAAGCAUUUGCAUCUCAUGCUGCACACGACAGCCAUGUGCGACGCACACACAACAAGGAAAAGCCCAACACAUGCAGUAUUUGUGGACAAGUUUUCCAUGAGUCGCAUGAAAUGAAAUUCCAUAUGACACUCCAUGUGAGUUAG